GUCAUUGCAUUGUAACACCCACUCCCAAAUCUGACGUCCCUAGUCAGGACCAGCCUGGCUCCUCCGGACCAGGGUUUAUAAGUCCAGAAGACGGAGCCCCAGGAGUCCACAAGGGAGUCACAGACCACAGCGAUCCCCAGGCCAGGUGCAGUGCCUCUUGUUAUCUCACCAACACAGAAGAUGUCCAUUUUGGAGGACAACACAGGAGAGAACAUGGACUUCGAAGACUGGGAAGAAGAGGAAGCCCAGUGCUGCUCAGAAGACCCAGCUGGAAGCCCCAUGGAGCCAGGCCAGAGCCAAGCCUCUGUGAGUUCUACGCAUACAAGUCCAAGAGUGAAGGCCAAAGAGCCCCAGAAAUUCAGCAUUUUCGACCGUGAUCAUAAAGUGUUGGUCCUGGACUCUGGGACCCUCAAAGCAAUUCCAAAUAAAAGCUACAUCCUCCCAGAGACAUUCUUUGUGUUGGCCUCACAUCUGGCAAAGCCCUCCGAGGAGAAAGGGUCUCCCAUUUUGUUGGCUGUCUCUAAAGGGGAGUUCUGUCUCUGCUGUGACAAGGACAAAGGAAAAUGUCAGCCAUCCCUUCAGCUGAAGAAGAAGAAGCUGAUGAGUCUGGCCGCCCAGAAGGAGACUUCGCGCCGGGCUUACGUCUUCUACAAGUCUAAGGUGGGCUCGCGGUACACCCUGGAGUCCGCUGCCCACCCUGGCUGGUUCAUCUGCACGUCCUGCAAUUCCGGUGAUCCUGUUACAGUGACGGAUAAAACCGGGCGAAGGAAACACACCGAGUUUUCAUUCGAGAAUCCUAGCAAAACUGAAAUGAGCCAGUAGGGGCAGUGUGAAGAAACUGUCCCCUCAGGCACCUCCCCGGCCUCUUCUCUGACUCUACCCAUCAGAGGGGAACACAACAGCUGCUUGCUCACUAACUCUGUGUCUAUGAGUUUC